AUGGCAGAUUUGCUCGUAACAAAAGACAGAUUCUUGGAGACUGUAUGUCUUGCCAUCAAGUCCAGCUUCGCGCUCCAUGAAACCAUACGUCGCUUCCGAGAUGAAAGAGCUCUCAAAACGGAGCUCAGGGAACUGAUUAGAGUCUCUGGCUCCCUUGUAGAGACAUUCCUCGACAGUCCAAUCCUCUUUCUCGACAGCUCUACCCUCAAUUUAUCUCUUCUCGUGGGACUACUCCAGCGCUGUAGCCAGGCAUGCGAUGAUCGGGCGACGCAGAUACGUCUUCAGCAGGACGUCGAAUUCACAGCUCGGCUAGCUGUAUAUCGGUUUAGUGUUAGUAUUGCCUUAGUAGAUGCAGGCCUGCGCCGGGUUGAUAUUUCCUUUGAGAAUCUCGACACCUAUAGCGACACGGUUUUCGAUACCGCAGACCACUUGAGGGCCUACCUCGAAGAUCUCCGCAAGCAGAUUGAGCGCCUCGGGACUGCCAUGGGCUUGCAAGCGAUAUUCCAAGAAUGGGGAAACACUCUGGAAGUUCUCCACUGGUGUGACCAGCUGAAUGCGCGGCUUCAGGAAAGGAGAAACACUCUGGAAGUUCUCCACUGGCAGCUGAAUGCUCGGAUCGCCAAAUCUCAAUCAGUAUCAGCAGAGCACAUGCAUUCUCCAGGCCGUACAUCGGCACGCAAUGUUCUUCAACGUUUUCCGCGCGAGAUUGUUCUGUCUCUCAUAGAUCUUUUCCACGACCAAGACACACAACUCCAGGAGACGGUAGACAGUUACAGCCAGUGGGCAAAUGUCAGACGCAACAGUGACGUCUUGUAUCAAAAGUCUCGCACAGCUUAA